AUGAAGUUUGCAAUUCUUUCAUUCUUACUUAUUGUGGCAUAUAGUGCGGCAAACUAUCAGCCACCACCUCCACCACCGCCUCCUCCCCCACCUCCACCUCCGCCGAAAUAUGAAUAUGCUCCUCCACCGACAUAUGCACCUCCUCCAACACAACCUCCUCCAACACCAGCCUACUACAAACCUCCUCCUCCACCACCUCCUCCGCCACCUCCACCCCCACCACCGCCUCCACCACCGCCACCUAAAAGCUAUGGAUAUGCUCCACCACCAACAUAUGCACCACCACCCCCAACACAGAAGAGUUAUGGAUAUGCUCCUCCGCCGACAUAUGCUCCACCACCACCUCCCCCACCACCACCACCACCACCUCCACCACCGCCUCCACCAAAAAGUUAUGGAUAUGCUCCACCACCAACAUAUGCACCUCCACCACCUCCAUCCCCUCCACCAUAUGGUGCCCCACCUCAGUAUGCCCCUGCUCAACCGUUUAUCCAAGCAUAAUAUGUCUUUGAGGAAGUAGAUCAAAUGAAGUAAAGAAAUGAAAGAUUUAAAAAAGAUAAACAAAAUAAAAAUUUUUUUGUAAAUGUUUUUAAUAAAGGAUGA